AUCCCGUCACCUCAACACCAAUAAUUUUAAACAGACCACCAUUUUCACUCUAUCAUUUUACUCCACUUCUUGUUCACACUGCAAUUUUAGACAAAGAUUUCCACCUGGGCUUUCAUUUCAAUCUCGAGAAAUGGAAGCCACAUCGCCUACUUCAGUAAAAAUUAUCAAUCUUCAAGAUCAGAUUCAGACUCCAGAGUUUUCCCCAAAGCCAUCACCUUCGAAGAAAAAAUUUGUUACUUCUUUAAUGGAAGCAGCCACGCUGAUUACCCCUUCAUUUAAAGAAGAUACAUACUUCAUUUCGCACCUCAGGGCAUCUGAAAAGAAGGCUCUUCAGGAGCUUAAGGAUAAGCUCAUAGCUGCGUCAGAUAGGCUUGAUUCUAUGUGGGGCAUUCCACUCUUGGGAGGUGAUGAAAGGGCUGAUGUUAUUCUCUUGAAAUUCCUUCGUGCGAGGGAUUUUAAAGUUCAAGAUACACUGAAUAUGUUGCAAAAUUGUCUUUCUUGGAGGAAAGAUUUUGAGACUGAUGGCAUUCUGGAAGAAGAUUUGGGGUUUAAGGAGCUUGAAGGGGUUGUGGCAUAUAUGCACGCUUAUGACAGAGAAGGGCAUCCGGUUUGCUACAAUGCUUACGGAGUUUUCAAAGAUAAAGAAAUGUAUGAGAGGAUUUUUGGAGAUGAUGAAAAGCUAAAGAAAUUCUUGAGAUGGAGAGUUCAAGUUCUUGAAAGAGGCAUUAAAUUACUUCAUUUUAAACCUGGUGGGAUUAACUCCAUUAUUCAGGUCACUGAUCUCAAAGACAUGCCCAAAAGAGAGCUCAGAGUUGCAUCUAAUCACAUUCUAUCUCUUUUUCAAGAUAAUUACCCUGAAAUGGUUGCCCGCAAGAUCUUUAUCAAUGUGCCAUGGUACUUUAGUCUCCUGUAUUCAAUGUUUAGUCCAUUUCUCACUCAAAGAACAAAGAGCAAAUUUGUAAUAUCCAAGGAAGGAAAUGUUGCCGAGACACUUUUCAAGUUUAUUAGGCCAGAAGAUGUCCCUGUUCAGUAUGGUGGACUGAGUCGACCCAGUAAUGUCCUUAAUGGUUCACCAAAAUCAGCAUCCGAGUUUACUGUCAAAGGAGGAGAGAAAGUAAACAUACAAAUUGAGGGCAUUGAGGCUGGCGCAACAAUAUCUUGGGAGAUAGUAGUGGGUGGCUGGGAAUUGGAAUACAGUGCUGAAUUUGUUCCCAUUGCUGAAGGCAGCUACACCAUUGCCGUGGAGAAACAGAGAAGGAUUGCAGCCAAUGAAGAGGCAAUUUGCAACUCUUAUACGGCCAGAGAAGCUGGAAAAAUGGUGCUUUCCGUUGAUAACACCGCCUCUCGCAAGAGAAAAGUUGCUGCUUAUCGAUAUCUUGUCCGAAAAUCCACAUCAAUCGUGUAGAAUCCAGAAAGAACUCUCUUUUACUUUUUUUCUUUUUUUCUUUAUUUCUUUAUGGGCUUUUAUUUGUUUCUUUUUUUCCCCCUUUUUUACCUGCUUCUCUUUGCAUAUUUUGCAUAUCUACUCCUCUAAUAGUAGUGUACUAUACUGUUAUCAUGUUUGUACGUUGGUACAAUAAUGAAUAACUCAGUGCAGAAGAAAAAUGUAAAUGGUCUUUGGUAACAA